AUGCCUGCGCGGCACUGGUGGUACGACGACAGAGCACCAGUCUGCGUGGCCCUCAAGACGAAAGCGGGCAUCAACUUCGUGAUCCACGGCGACAGAAACGCGUCGGUCCGCGCCAUCUUCCUGCAAGGCGUCGCGGCGUCGCUGGACAACAAUCGGUUCUUGCUCGCGGCCCUGCGGCGCGGCGGCGACGUGUCCGACGUCUGCGUCGUCGCGGUCGACGCCGUGGGCAUCGGCGGGAGCGUCGCGCCGCUCGACGCGCGCGAGUACUCGGUCGCUCGGAGCGCGCGCGACGUGCGCGACGUGCUCGAGAUCGUGAACUGGUCGCGCGCGCACGUCGUCGGCCACUCGAUGGGAGGCAUGGUCGCGAUGGAGUUCGCCGCGAGUCAUCCGGACCGCGUCGCGUCGCUCGCGCUGCUGUCGACCACCGCCCACCGGCGCGCGCUCGACUACGUCCCGCGCGCGGCCGCGGUGCCCAACGGCCUCCGGCUGCUGAGCGCCCGGUCGCCGGCGGACCGCGCGCGCGUCGACGUCGCGUUCCACUUCUCUCGGCACUUUUUGUUCGCGCCGGUGCGGGUACCGACGAAAGCCACGGGUACAAGGGGACGCCCCUCGCCCUCGAGGGUGCUGGCUAUCCCCGGCUACUAG